GGGGGGGAAGCGCUCGUACGUUCCUCUGUACCUUGGUUUUUUUUAUAUUUUAAUUUCUGAAUUUGUGAGAAUUUUAGUUGAGAUUUGGAGAUGAGCGCGUCGAGGUUCAUAAAGUGUGUCACCGUCGGCGACGGGGCCGUUGGCAAGACUUGCAUGCUUAUUUCCUACACCAGCAACACUUUUCCCACUGACUAUGUCCCAACUGUCUUUGACAAUUUCAGUGCUAAUGUUGUGGUUGAUGGGAACACUGUUAACUUAGGUUUAUGGGACACGGCAGGGCAGGAGGACUAUAACAGAUUGAGACCUUUGAGUUAUCGUGGAGCUGAUGUUUUCCUUUUGGCAUUCUCCCUUAUCAGUAAGGCUAGCUAUGAAAAUGUUGCUAAGAAGUGGAUUCCUGAAUUGAGGCACUAUGCACCCGGUGUUCCUAUUGUUCUUGUUGGAACGAAGCUUGAUCUGCGGGAUGAUAAGCAAUUCUUAAAUGAUCACCCUGGAGCUGUUCCCAUCACUACUGCUCAGGGAGAAGAGCUGCAGAAGACAAUUGGUGCUCUUGCCUACAUAGAGUGCAGUUCAAAGACACAGCAAAAUGUGAAGGGAGUCUUCGAUGCGGCCAUUAAGGUCGUACUCCAACCACCAAAGGCGAAGAAGAAGAAGAAGAAGUCACAGAAGAGUUGCUCCAUUUUGUGAAUUUCAAAGCACCAAAAAAGAGAGAAAGAAGAAAACGGAAAUCAAGAACCACCAGCCGUCUCUCCUUGUUCUAACCUCUUGCUGAAGUGAAGGAAUGUUGACCUUGGUGCAUAGUCAGAAACUGACUACGAUAGCAAUGCUCUAUCAAGCCAUCAAUGAAUUUGUUUUGCUUUCCUCGAGAUUCUUUGGUUGGUGAUUUCUGUGUAACCUUCUUGCAACAUGAACGACUCCUUACUCUUUCGCUUAGACGUCAAGGGUAAUUCACAUUUGGAAGGUGUUUUCUCGUUGCAUGGAUUCAUAUUCUUGUAUCCUUUUAUCUAAUUCCGAACAGGAUUUGGUUACAUUGGUAGGGUUUGUUUUAUUGUUGAGCACUUGGUAUCUAUUGGAAGUUCUAUGUUGUUUCCA